AUGGGCGCGCCGCUAAUAUUGUUUAAGAUGUGGGUCGCGAAGAAGCUCGCGGUCCUGAUCGCGCUGCGCGUGUACGGCCUCAAGAAGCUCUACCGCGGCGGGAUGCGCCUGAACAACAGGUUCGUCACUCACGCGGCGACGCAUCGACGCGUGCACAGCGUGCUGCACUCCGUCGCCGCGGGGGCGAUGAAGUUGGGGGAGACGGUCGAGGGGCCCGCGCGGAGGUUCAUGAAUAAGAUCGUGUUCGGGGAGGGGAUAUCGUCGUCCAAGCCGGGGUAG